AUGGACCAGUCGAUGGGUCCGACCUUUAAGGCUGUUAACUGGACUGGAAACGAUAAAAAGAAUGAUCAGCAGUCGGUUCUUUAUUGCGACCGCCUACCAGACAUUUCCAAUGUAGUGCGCCCGGUCGACAAAUCCGACAGCUAUAUAGACAUGCUCCAGUUGUGGGCUUCGGAUCUCCACACCAAUCCGGGAAGAACCUCCUUACAAACUCAAGUCAAUUGCGCAGAUUCACUGAACGAACAGAAAAUCAAUGACAUUAAAGAUGAAAAGGUGUUCUACGACCUGCUAGUUAACGCUGGAGGACGCCCAUGGUACUCAAGGACGCUCAUCGACCAAGUUGUAACAAACCCAGGCAACUACGAGGAGCUUCUUCAGUAUUGGAGGCAUGACUCCAAUAGGCCAGACAAAGAACAAUGGAGGGUGUUUGAACGACAACUAGAAAGGUGGAAUCUGUUCUGCCGCUAUCAAAAGAGCGUGAGACGAAACUCAGACGCGUUUAGAGAAUACUUGGCGCGAUGUACUCGACGACUAUACAAGCAAUCGUCACUUACAGCGCCUCAGAUGAAGCAAAAUACGAAAGACCAGGAUACUCUAUCACAGUGGCUCGAGUAUCUAUGCUUUGAGCUAUCUGAGUCCAAAAGAUACUCAUGGUACAAGCGGUAUCAUCAAAAUUACAAAAAUGCUUGGAAAACUGUUGUCGACUCCAAAAUAUUACAUCCUCAAGAGUGUCAAAGUCUAGUGGAGACUGUUCAGUAUGCGUCCUUACAUGAUGACGAGAGGACGAGUUUACGACAAGCUGUUGAGGCUGCCAGCUCGGAGGUUCUAUUAGCAGAAAGGGAUUCAUUAGAUCCAUCUUUGAGGGGGCCCAAAACGCAGCGUAAACUGUUCGAAGCCCAAGCCAAGCUCGACUCUUCCAUUGAGGCAUUCAAUCGUCUUCAGCAUCGGGUCGAUACAAUCAGGAAAUAUCGAGAUAGCACAUCGACUUACAGAGAAGCAAGAGCCGGAGCUCAACGUCAUCAGAUCCUUCUACGUUGGGUACAGCAACAAAUACUGUUGAUCGAAAAGGAUCUUGGACUUCCAUGUUCAACAAUGCGUCUGGCUCUGGAAAGCGACAUGCUUACAGAAACUGACAGCGAUGAGAGUGACGACCAGGGUACUGACGUCGCCUCAUCCUGUACCUCAUCGAUAAGUGAAUAUGGUGGGUUGCAGCAAAGCGAAAGCAAGAAACGUUCUCGUUUCGAGAGUAUCUCGGCAGAAGCUACACAAGGUCACAGCAACGUACCUUCAAAACGAUCCAGACAUGACGUCGAUUCUAGCUCCAAUGCGAGCUAG